AACAACUCUUUCCAUCCAAAAUAAAAAACUUUCCCCAUUUUUUACAGAAAUUUAUAAAUUUUUAGGAAAUGUUACCCUCCCCCGAAUGAAAAGUGUGGCGGUAGGCUUGAAUUUUUAUUGCUCAAUUCUCCACUUGUAUUCUUUUAAUCGUCAUCAAUUCACUCUUCUUCACCUUAAUUAACUUUAACUGCUGUGGGAUAAAGUCUGACUUUACUAACUGAGUAACAAUAAUAUCAUCAUCCUUUAUAAAAGCCACAUACUGCCUGAACUCUGAAAUUAACGUGCGUGCGAUCCCAAAUAAUUGCAAAUUAUUUGCGCAAUAAAAAAUAAUAACAAUAAAUCGUCACGGGCUGACUUGUCUUCGUCAUAAUUAAUUUAUUAUCUCUCUCUGGGCUGGACACAUUCGACAACGAGAUAUAAAUGGAACAAUAAAAAAAAUUGCCCAUCUGCCAGGCCACGAACCAGAAUUGCAAAUACAUAGCAAUCGGAUUUUUGCAAAAUGAACUCAAUUUGUAUAACCGUUUUUGAUAAGAACAACGGUAAACGAAACGGUUGAGAAAGAGGUGGAUUGGAUUGUAUUGGAUAAGCGAGAAGACAAGAGAUACAGUUAAGAAAGGAGGAGCGGAUUGGAUAAGCGACAAGAUAAGAGACAGGAAUAAUUGCAAAUUGGAACAAGAUUGAGCAGCAAUCGACCAUAAGCUCAAAUUUUACUGGAGAAAACUAUGGUCAAAUUCGCCAGUUAAUAAACCAAACCAAAGCGCAAUUACAGAUUACAUUUACAAAAUAUUUAAAAGUGACCACACCACGAUGACGACUUAUCAGAACGCAGAAACAGUGCACAGUUCUUAAAACUUACUUACUAGUAGUUACUAGAAAAGCAAGACUGUAUUUUUAAUUAAAGUUACCAAUUAACUGCUAAAAUACGCUAAAAAUAAUUGUUUUAACAAAUUGACCACGCAAAAAACGUCGCUGUAAACGCAAAAAAUCGGUCACAAUGAAGUAAGACUCAAAUUCGCAUUCGUUCUUCUUCCACGACACGGAAAUUAGUUUAGAAUUCGGAAACUUUUAAGUGUCUUACUUAAAAUUAUGUGCGGCUUGCUUAGCCCAUCACCUGCUUAAUCGAUGGGUUAAAAAAAGUGCUCUUCCCAUCAAUUAGACUCACCCACCGAUAAGCUAAUUGUGGAUAUUAAUUAGAAAUAGAUCGUAAUCAAUCGCAUAAAAAUCGGAUAAAAAAUGGGACGCAACCCGGCCCGGAGAUCGAUCGGAUACUUGACCAAGCGGGGACGGAAGAGGGGUUCGAGUUCCUGGGCUAUUAUGCGGGGUUCUGGAAUCGGAGAGCCCAGCGUGCAUCACGCGUUAGUCGUUAUUUUCCUAGAAUUCUUCGCCUGGGGACUUCUCACCACGCCGAUGAUUGCGGUACUCAACGAGACUUUCCCAGACCACACAUUUCUCAUGAAUGGACUCAUAGUGGGAAUAAAGGGGCUUUUAUCCUUUUUAAGUGCUCCGCUUAUCGGAGCGUUAAGUGAUGUUUGGGGGCGAAAAUUGUUUCUCCUCUUGACCGUCUUUUUCACGUGUGCCCCAAUUCCACUCAUGCAACUCAACACGUGGUGGUAUUUCGCAAUGAUCUCGAUUUCGGGCGUCUUUGCGGUCACAUUCUCCGUCGUAUUUGCCUAUGUGGCGGACGUUAUCGAGGGUGAGCAAGAACGCACCGCCGCAUAUGGGCUCGUUUCCGCCACUUUUGCGGCUUCCUUAGUCACCUCACCAGCCCUAGGCGUUUACGUGUUUCGAAACUACGGGCGAGAAACCGUGGUCGCAUUGGCGACCGCUAUCGCCGCGCUGGACGUGCUCUUCGUCCUCGUCGCGGUGCCAGAGUCACUACCGCAAAAAUUGAAGCAGAACGCGUGGGCGCCACUCGCCUGGGAGCAGGCCGACCCAUUCGCCGCGUUGCGAAAAGUCGGCAAAGACAAGACCGUCUUGCUCCUGUGUGUCGCCGUCUUGUUGAGUUAUCUGCCAGAGGCGGGUCAGUACUCCUGCUUCUUCGUGUACCUGCGCCUCGUCGUGGGCUUUAAUCAGGAAGAGGUCGCCACAUUCAUUGCCGUCGUGGGAAUAAUGUCCGUCGUUGCGCAGACUGCGAUAAUGGGACUCUUAAUGAAAAACGUAGGACCAAGGAAGACAAUAGUGAUUGGAUUGCUGUUCGAAAUGACGCAACUUGCCUGGUACGGAUUCGGUUCUCAGACUUGGAUGAUGUGGGCUGCCGGGAUUCUCGCCGCGUUAUCAAGCAUUACAUACCCUGCCAUUUCUGCGUUCGCGUCCACCCAUGCAGAUCCAGAUAAACAAGGGCUGGCCCAAGGGAUGAUCACUGGCAUGCGUGGUUUAUGCAAUGGACUGGGUCCUGCCGUUUUUGGCGUGAUCUUCUACCUCUUUCACGUCGACUUGAAUGAGGAUGAAGCCAAAUUGAGUAAAGUUGAUCAGAUGACGGGGACCGGAAGUGGGCAACAUGUCACUUUCGACACGGCCGGCGAAGGCGGGGUGGUCAACAAUGUCACGGCCGAAUUAAUCGAGCCUCAUCAUGCGCUUAGUCAUAUAAUACCUGGGCCGCCCUUCGUUUUCGGCGCGUUCACCGUCGCGCUGGCCAUCGGCGUUGCCCUGUUUAUUCCCGAGAGGUCUAAACGUCGUCAAGGCGGGACGGAUUCGGAUCUCGUGGACUUAGAAAAUCCAAACCUGCUUCCAGGCGGAAAAAUGCCCAACACCAUGGCCCCGCUGAUCCCACAGGACCCUGCGAUUCUCUAAAAAUCAAUCAAUCAAUAAUCAUCACUAACUUUAACAAUAAUUAAUUAAUUAGUGAUUUUAAGUCAUUUAUGUAUUUACUAGGUAUGACUUUUGGUUGUUUAACGAGAAACCAGGGAGGACAAUUAAAAUUGUAUUAAUUAAUUAUGUAAUUAAUUUAGAAAAUGACUAAUUAAUUAGAGAUGAGGAGUCAGCAGUGUUUUUGCAGGUUUGCUACUUUGCAAAACAACCAAUGCAUGAAAUGCGAGGUGCAAGAAAUUGCAAGAAACUGUGCAAAAAAUUGGCGCCAUCAAGCCAAGCGCCGUAUGAAAUCUGGCGGCGGGGCCUCUUUUUUUGCGCCUUGCAUUUCUUGCAGGUCAAAAAAUAUAACAAACACUGGAGUCAAUUACUGAUUUAUUUGACCCUCUACGUUUUUUUAGUCUGCAAAAAUUCAGUCAUUAUUACUAUAAAUAUUUACCUUAUCGCCACAUGGAUAAGAACUGAUGAUAACCUAAUAAUGCCACCCUACACAAGUCGCUCACUAACUGUAAUGAUAAGAAUAAAUUCCCCUUGUACACUUUUUAUUUACAGUCAAUUUUUAGUUUCCUACCUACAUUACAUUAUUUUUGGUUUAAAAAACUUUUUCCAUUUUUUGUGUAAACUUUUCAAAUUACGGAUAAUAAUUUAUUUUCAUAAUUUUUGAUUUCUUACUGUGACCGAAUUUUUCUAGUUUCUUUUUUUCUGGGCAGGUUUUUAUAAAUCCCUGUAAAAAAGAAGAAGAAAAAGAUAGACGCACAGAAUAUUUAGAAAAGCCAAGAGGUAAUUUUUAGUGAGAUA